CUGACGUCACCACUCACCCUUUCUCCUUUAUUAACGCCGUCUUCCCAUACCGCAUUCCAGAGGUCCAUCGAGAUUGGAAAACUGAAGUGAACAAUGAGCGACGACGAGAGAAAAAAUGAAUCGCCGGCGACACCUCCGGAGGACGAAGAUUUGGCCUCCGCCGACUCCCCCCAGCAGAUCUCAGCUGCGCUGCAUGCCGCCGCCUCAGCGUCACCCGAGAACGUUGACGACGACGACGACGAUUUCGAGUUCGCCUUCAUGGUAGGGAACUCAGAAACCCACCCGUCAAUUACAGCCGACGAAAUUUUCUCCGAAGGCCGAAUCCGCCCCGUCUAUCCCGUCUUCAACCGCGGUCUACUCCUCGCCGACGAUGUGGAGAAAUCAUGUCGGCAGCCCCUUCUCCAGCUCCUAAUCGAGGAUCGCGACGCAUCGAUUUCUCAUGAUUCUUCGUCUUUAGGGCACGAUCUGGAAGGAAUCCCGGCUGCUAGUUACUGCGUUUGGAAGCCAGGGUCGGCGCAUUCGCCGGGUACGGUACCGAAAAGUUCCUCGACGGGAUCAUCUCGGCGACGUCGGAUAAGGGAUUUUGUCGUCGGUCGGAGCCAUAGCGAUGGGAAGGAGAAGUUUAUGUUUCUCGCGGCGGAGGGGAAGAGAUCGAUAGAGAAGGAAAUGACAGCGAACGAAGGGAAGAGGAAGGGAAAGGAGAAGAAGGCGACGGAAUUGGAUUUGUUAACUGCUCAUCGGAUUUUCUACGGCCAUAGCGGUAACGGAUCGACGGCGAAAAGCGGCCACGCCACCGGCCGGAAGUCGUAUUUGCCGUAUAAACCUGAAAUCGUGGGAUUCUUCGCCAGAGUGAAUGGGAUCAGCCGGGCGCACCAUCCAUUUUAGGGCAUUUUCUUUUCUUUAUUAUUUUUUUCUUUUUUAUUUUUUGCCUUAAACCUUUUCUAAACCUAGGUUAUCUGUAGCUCGUGGAGCAUAUAAGCUCUAUUUAUUUUGUAAUUAGGCUAAUUGAGUUUUUUUUUUAAUUCUCUGUAAAUAUUUGUUGUUGGA